CUAUCCUUCAUAUCUCUAUCCUCCUCCUUUUCCCUUUUUUUUUUCUCUCUCUCUUCUUUUUCUUCUUUCGUCACCACCCUCACAACACCUUUUUUUUUGUUUCUUAGCAUUAGCUUCAUCAUAAUCUAUCCUAAAAGAAAAAUGCUCCCUAAGCUCUUUGUUCUCGCUGCCGUCGCUCUCUCAUUCGCCAAUGCUCAAUCCACCUUUACAUUCAAAGAGACCUAUCCUGCAGUAGGAUCUAUUCCCACUGCUAAACCAGAGUGGCUCGCAUUGCUCAACGGUGUAACCAUUACAAAGGCUCCUGUUUAUGAUGUCUCUGCUGGACUUGGCCCCCAGCCUCAGGAACAGGGUGAUCCUUACUGCGACUGGACAUUCACCGGCUGCCUUGGUCCCGAUGAUAUUUCUUUCUGCCCAAAGGGUCAGUGGGGUAUUACAUACGACGACGGACCAUCUGAAUUCAGUCCUGCUCUUUACGACGAACUUGACAAGACCGGCACCAAGGCUACGUUCUUCAUGGUCGGUGGCCAGGUCAACAAGUACCCUCAGCAUGUCUUGCGUGCCUACAAGGCCGGCCACGACAUUGCCAUGCACACCUGGUCCCACAGCUACAUGACCAGUCUGACCAACGAGCAGAUCGUAGCCGAGCUCAAGUGGAACGAGCAGGUCAUCAAGGAAGUCAUCGGUGUCUCGCCAAAGUAUUUCAGACCUCCCUAUGGCGACAUCGACAACCGUGUCCGUGACAUCGCAAAGGCUCUUGGCUUUACUGCCGUCAUCUGGAACUUUGACACCAAUGACUGGGCUGCCGAAGGAAAUGCCAACUUUAAGGUCGAGACAAUUGAUGCCGAGGUUGCCAAGUGGGCCGCAGCUGCCCCAACAUCUGCUGUCGGUGGUGUGUCUCUUGAGCACGAUCUGUACGAAAGCACAGUCAACAUUGCUCUCCGUGUCUUGCCUGUCCUCCAGAAAGCUUAUGACGUUACCAGCGUUGGCCAGUGCAGCAGCGUCUCAUUUUACAAGGAAGGAUCUGGCGCGGUAACCAACACUACUGCCCCUGUUGCAAACUCCACUGUUUCUGGCGCAGUUGCCUCUGGAUCUGCUGCUGCUGCCGUCUCUGCUGCUCACCCAUCAAGCGUCCCUGUAUCGGCUGCCCAUGCUAACCCUACCGUUGCUGCUGGUGCUGCUGGCUCUGCCGGUGUUGUUUCCAAGGAUGACCUAGUCAACGCUGCUUCUGCCAGUGGUUCUACUACCCAUGACUCUGGAGCUUCUUCCACUACCAUUAGUGCCUUUGGCCUUGUUUUGACAGGUCUUGCUGCCUACUUUAUGGCAUAGAUUUAGGUCCUAAAUAAGAUGAAAGAAAGAAAGAAAAACAUACCGACACACAAAACACAUACAUACACACACACAUAGGGAGGAUAGACAAUUAAUUCACCAACCAUAUAUAUAUAUAUAAAAAAGGAACCCUCAAAAGUGUGUUGUAUAUUAUAUUAUAUGUUUUCUUCUUCUUCUUCUUUAAAUAUUUUCUGUAUUGUAUUCUCUUUUAACCAAUAUAAAUAUAAAUAUCUAUGUAUACCUGUACCAGUACAUCUUUUCUACUUGUUUAAUUGUUUGUUUAUUACUAUUGCUAUUAAAGCUAUUAAAGCUAUUAAGAAAUAAAGUCAAAUAAGACAAGAAUUGAUAUUAUU